CCCCAGGAUUUUUAUUUUUCCUUGCUAUCUGUGCUGCCCUGACCUAGUUCUGCAGCAGAGUGACUGCACAGCCAUCUGUGUCCCAGCUGAUGCCAAGGAAUGAAACAGCCCCUGAAGUGGUUUACAAUGAAAAUAUUGCAAGCCUGUCUGGAAUGUGCACGUUGUAUUCCAGCCUUGCCAGAGCAUUUCUGAGGCCCAGAGACAGUCCCUGAGGGAGCUCUGCCACCUCCCAGCUGAGAACAAUAAUGUUAUUGUUUUUGUCAGGAUCUUCUAGGUAUUAUUGGAAUGUGAUACAGAGAAAAAUGUUCUUUUCUAAUGACUCAGUUGUGGGCUUUUAAUCAGCCUUGGAUUUCUGGGAAUGCUACAAUAUGGCUUCAGUUGGGAAUGAGAUAGAAAGGUGGACUCACAGGCAAGGUGGCAGAAGUGGGGAGCUGGCAGAGCCUGUGAUCUCCCCUGACAAUGCUCAUCAUCUGUCGCCAGUGAUGUCGAUGGGCAGCACAGACCAUGCCCUGCACCUCCCUGGGAGGGCAGACUCUGCCUACAGCUCCUUCUCAGGGGGCUCCAACGUGCCAGAGCGUCCCACCCGCCCCUGCUGUGGGGAGUGUUGUCCUUUGCCCCCGGAGCAGGCACCGUACAUGGACUCGGAGUACGUCAGGGGAAUUUAUGCUCUCAGUGCUGCCCCCUCUGACCUCAGGUCCCUGCAGCCACACAAGGCACCAGCCCCGAGCAUCCAUCCCAGCUCUCCCAGCCUCCCUGACCGCUGUGGAACUGAUCCCACCAGAGGGACUUUAACUCAGGGACCUCCACCUCUGGCAGCACCUCCACCUUCCCCUCCCACACGACUCGACAGCUACAACAUCACCAGACACCGGGACAAUUCCAGAGGGGGACACAGCUCUGGAGGACACGGUGGGUGUAAGGUGCAGCCAGCUCCUGGAGUGCAGGACAGUCAGCUGGCACACAGGGAUGUGCCAGGGAGCCAACACUGGGAUGAACUCACAGAGCGAGACAUCAGACCUGCCAGGGAAAAGACUCUGGAAAACAAGGGCCUUUCUUCUGAUUCUACAAAUGAGGCAUCUGUAUCAAACAUUCAGGGGUUAAAGACAGGGGGAAAUGGAGAGUGGAGCCCACCCCAACAACCUACAAAGAGAAGCAAUUCACACAUUUGCAGCAGACCUUCUUCAUUCAUUUUUCAAGAAUAUUUAAAGACAGACUCUGUGGCAAAUGUGCCCAAAAUACUUUCUGCUUAUAAUUCAGUUCAUGGUUAUAAAAUUCCCACUGAGAUGAACUCCAAGUCCUACCACCCAGCACAUUCCAACCCCAAUGCUGUUAAUGAUACACAGGAAGUCAAACAGUGUCCCUGUGGGGUGCAGAAUCCAACUGCCAAAGCAGCUCUGCCAAGCACUGUGCCAGGACCCAGCCAGAAAAAGGGGCCCUUGCCCCAUGCUCAGGACCUGCCCUGUGCAGAGUGGCAUCCAGACAUGGACCAGGAUGUGUUUGAGGACAGCUGUGACUUACAAUAUAUGGAGAAUGCUCUCCCAAUAAAAAAUGCUUCCAGGAAGCUGAACAGUUGUACAGACAAAAAUCAGUGCUAUGAUUCGGAAGGGAAAACUGGGAGAGGUGUCAGGGAGCCAGUCCUGGAUCAGCAAGCCAGAGUGCAGAGGCCACUGGGGUGCUGCAGCUGCGAGGCUGUGGGAGCAGAGCACCCUCAGCACAAGGGGCUGGAUCAGGGAAGGAAGCAGUGCUGUGAUACCAGCAGCCAAAUGGCUUUUUUCAGACCAAAGGAAGAUUCCACAUCUCGCUUAGUAUGUGAAUCCCAGGAAGGAAAACAGGAUAAUAACAGCAAUCCCAGCCUCAGCACGUGCCUGGAACAAGAGGAUCCUCCUGUUCAGAAACACCACCCUGGAUUUCAAACCCAGCUCUCCAGACAGCUUUGGGAGGACCGUGCUGGUGAACAGAUAACCAGGCAGAUGACCCCCAUGCUUUACUACCUUUCCGGGGGGACACCCAGCAGUGUCCCACAGCCCACCAAGCUCUCCCACAGCCAGGAAGACUCCAGGAGGUCACUGAGGGAAAUCCCUUCAGGCGGCUGUGCUGCCUCAGCACAGGGUGUGGAGAAGCCAAGGGAGAGCCCUCAGUGUGCAGGGCCCAGCCAGCACCCCCGGGGCAGUGCUGAGCUCCAGAGCCCGGAUCCCACCCUCGGGGGCCCUGCCUCAUUCACAGAGGAGAGCUUCCAGAAUGACUACAGAGAGAAACUUAAAGUGGCUCAGAAAAAGGUUCUUAGAGAAACCUCCUUUAAGAGAAAAGACUUACAGAUGAGUUUGCCUGUCAGACUGAGACAGAAACCCUCUAAAAGGCCGUCAAUUGAACACCUUCGGUCUUUCUCGUUAUCCAGUGCAAACGAGGAUCCCAAACCUGUUCUUUGCUCCCCUUCUCAUCUAGAAUCCCUGGAAAGUUUCAAUAAAGAUGAAGAAAUACAGAAGCCACAAGCAGGUCGAGUAGGGGCAAGGAAAAGGGUAACCAAAGAGGAAAAGAAACUGUGCUAUUCUGAGCCUGAGAAGCUCGAUCAGCUAAUGGAUAAGGAAGCAUCCUGGAGUCAAGUUAAGGAUGAAAUCACUGAGCAAGAUAUAGUGGCAGCCAGGAGAAGGGCUCUGGAGAAUGGAGAAAGGGCACUUUCCAGUUCCAGCAUCUCCAGGACAGAGCUGAAACAAAUCCAGCAGAUUGCACUGAUGGAAUACGUGGAGCGAAAGAUCAGCCAAAGGCCAGGGGGUUCACAGCACCUCCCACUGCAUAAGCCACCCCUGCAGAAGAGGCUGUCACAUCCCAAAGGGCCUCCUGGCAAGAUUUCCAACCCCAGUGGGAGCAGGAAGAUGCAAAAUGAUGAGGUUUUCCACCAAGUUUUCCCCAGAGAAAAAUCGCCCGAUGUUUUUCCUGCCUUGGCUCUCGCAGCCCCGCCGGGUGUGAGCGGCAGGGCUGACCCCGGCAGGGCUGACCCCGGCAGGGCUGACCCCGGCAGGGCUGACCCCGGCAGGGCUGACCCCGGCAGGGCUGACCCCAACAGAGCACACGGGACCUGCACCAGCACCUGUCCUGCAGCUGAAAGGCUCCCACAGGCAGGUGAUCCUGCAUCGGGGAGAGCUCCUGACGGAUCAAAAUCUGCUCCUCCUUCCCCUCGGGACAUGUGCAGAUGUACCAGUGGUGCAGCAGCACCGUCCCAGAGCUGUGAGGGCUGUGCCAGCUCCCCCAGUUUCCAUGAUCCUGAGAAAGAUGGAUCCAAGAAUCAUGGACAUAAUGGCAUAACUGGACAUGCAUGUUUUCAGGAUACUAAGGAGCUGGUUCCUGAAACCUCUGUUCCUAUCCCAAGAAGGGGAAGCAAGGAAGGUGCUGGAGUGGAGGAGGAAUGCAGAACUCAGUGUCCGAGUGGGAAUGCUGCACUAAAGCAUCCAGGGCAGCAUCCUGCAGCUCCUGCAGAGCAGGGGAUGUGCCCCCCCCCAGCACUGGCUCAGCCUCUCCAAGGAGACAGAAGUGCAGCCACAGGUUCAGCUGCACAGGAGGAUGUUCCCCUGGAGACAGGGACACGCCUGCCCAGGAGGAGGCUGCAGCCUCCGCACCACCAGCGGGACCAGGAACUUGCUCUGGAGAUCGUGGCCAAAGACAAGUCUCUGGUGGACAUUCUCAUGCCUCAUCCUGACAGAAAAACUGCUUUGGACCUGAUGGAGGGUUUGUUUCCUGUUAACAUUUCCAUGCUGGAUAAAUCACACAGGAAAAAGGGCAACGUGCAGCAUGUGCAGGAGAAUGAGAAAAGCCAUGGAGAUGGCUCAAAAGAAUGUCCUGAAUCUGAACAUGAAGCUGAGCAAAGGAGCAAAGAAUCUACCUCUGAGGGACACCAAGUCCUGACCAGGAGCAGGGACAGCACAAACGACCCAGAUGACAUCACAUCUAAGAAACUGGAGCUCAUGGCCAGCCUGCGGGCCAGGCUGCAGAGCCUGUGGGAGGAGCGGGAGCUGGUCCUGCAGGAAUCCCGGGAAUGCGCCGAGCGGGGCCAGGGGCUGCAGGACACGGUGAGGGACCUGUGCAAGCCCAACGAGUUCGAGCGCUACCUGAUGUUCAUCGGGGACCUGGAGAAGGUCGUGAGCCUCCUGCUGUGCCUGUCCAGCCGCCUGGCCCGCGUCCAGAACGCCAUGAGCAGGAUGGACGGCAGCACGGACACCGAGGAGAGGCACUCGCUGAGCCAGCGGCACAAGCUCCUGUCUCGGCAGCGGGAGGACGCAAAGGACCUGAAGGAGAACCUGGAUCGCAGGGAACGGGUGGUCUCUGCAAUCCUGGCCAAGUACCUGACGGAGCAGCAGCUCCAGGACUAUCGACACUUUGUUCAAGCCAAGACCUCCUUGCUGAUCGAACAGAAGGACCUCGAAGAGCAGAUUAAGUUUUUCGAAGAACAAUUAGAAACUCUUGAGCAAAGUCUCCCCCUCUAACGCCCACCCCAGACCCUGGUGUUGGUGACCUGGCCCUGGAAACCCACAGGCGCCCAUGGCUCAGGGCUCACGGGGUGAGUUCUUCCAACCCUGCUGGAGCCACAGCACUGGCAGGUGCUCAGAUGCUCUGGGGAUGCUCCAGGUACACCCUGGAUGUGUAUCCCACUUGGACAGGCCAGCUGACAGUGUCUCACAGUGUGCAGCAAACUGCCUUGGGGACAUGACUGAUAGGAUGUGUUGCUCCUAUUAACUUGGUGUGUAUUUACCCUUCUUGUUGUCUGUCCAUCUAUUCCCAGAUUGACACAAUCUCAAUAAAAGAACCAUACAAAUA